GCGAGGAGCGCUGCGAUAUCAGACAGCCGGCGCUGCCGCCGCCGACGGCUGCCUGGAGCGUUUACCUUCGUGCUCAUGAUGUUCAAGACACCCGUGGACGGAUCCUCGUCGACAGCUCAGCCCGACACGCCCGAGUACGUUGCUUUUGCGGUCGUGACCUUGGCGUUCGUGCUGGCGAUGCCGACCGGCCUCGGUCGCGGCGGGACUUGGGCGGGACGGUUCGGCCUCGAGCGGCAGCGGCGGACACAGGUCUUAAAGAGGGCCCGCACCUACCUCUUGGAUCUCAUCGAGGGUGGGAUGUACACAAUGAUCUACGCGGCGAUGGCCAUCUCGCUCAGCCCGCUGGCGGAGCUGCCGUUCCCGGCGUACAUCGAGUCGACGCCGUGGCACAUAUGUCUCCUCGAGGUGAUCCUGCAGGCGGGAGUGAACCAGAUGGUCCAGAUCGCCAUUCGGGACUACGCGAAUACCGUCCUUUCGCCCUACCUGCCCGACCUGGGCACGCAGGGCGACCGCUCCGGGGCGAGGGCGGGCGGUGGCGUCGUGAUGACGACCUGCCUCUUCUCGCGGCAGGGCGCCUGGAAGAGAAAGAUGGCUCUCCUCGACCGCCACCUCGACCAGCACUUCUUCAUCUGCUUCCCAAAGACGGUGCUGGCUGCCCUCGGGCUGUGGUGAGACAGAGAGGAGGGGGCGGUGGGGCGUGGUGGACGCCACCUGCACCUGGACCAGCGCGGGGGUGCAGGACGGCAAGGGUCUCACAGCCGGGCGCCGGGUGGGAAAGCUCGCUCUUGGAGCACCGGUUGGAGUGCAGUUAGCAGCCGCGCACAUCUCCGCACACACACACAUGCUCAUGCACACAUCCAGAGCUCUUUUUGUAUUUUUGUUUUCACACGUCUGCGGCCUGCGGGUCACAUGCA